AUGCCAUAUAAACUGUCUGCACCUCUCAAAGAACAUACCUCAGAUGUUCGCGCACUGAGCUCACCCACGGACCAGCUUAUCCUCUCUGCCUCUCGUGACACCACAGCCAUCUCAUGGGAGAGAUCGCCUUCGGAUUCCAAGUUCAAGGCCGAGACUGUUCUGAGAGCUGGAUCUCGUUAUAUCAAUUCUGUAGCCUACCUUCCUCCGACGCCAGAUGCUCCUAAAGGAUACGCUGUCACUGCUGGCCAAGAAUGCGUAAUCAACAUCUUCAACCUGCAGACACCGAGGGACGAUCCAGAUUUCUGUCUUCUUGGACAUACCGAGAACAUCUGCUCAUUGGACGUGACUGCCGGCGGGACAAUCAUAUCGGGUUCAUGGGACAAAACCGCGAAAGUCUGGAAGAAUUAUAACUUGGCCUAUGAUUUGAAAGGCCACCAACAAUCUGUGUGGGCCGUGUUAGGGAUCGAUGAGGAUCAGUUUUUAACCGGAUCUGCUGACAAGACUAUCAAAUUGUGGCAACAGCACAAAGUUGUCCAGACAUUUACUGGCCAUCAAGACGCGGUGCGGGGCCUGGUGCUUAUUCCUGACAUCGGGUUUGCAUCUUGUUCAAACGAUAGCGAAAUCCGCGUCUGGACACUUGGGGGCGACGUCGUCUACACGCUCUCUGGCCAUACUUCCUUUGUCUACAGCCUAUCUGUUCUCCCAAAUGGCGACAUCGUUUCUGCAGGCGAGGAUCGUGCAGUACGUGUCUGGAAGGAUGGAGAGUGCUCGCAAACGAUCGUGCAUCCGGCCAUCUCGGUCUGGGCGGUAUCGACGAUGCCCAAUGGCGACAUCGUGAGCGGCUGCAGCGACGGUGUCGUGCGGGUGUUCAGCGAGUCCGAGGAGCGGUGGGCGUCGGCAGAGGCGUUGCAGGAUUACGACAAUCAGGUUGCGAGUCAGGCCUUGCCUAGUCAGCAGGUUGGCGAUGUGAAGAAGAGCGAUCUUCCUGGCCCCGAAGCGUUGAAUACACCAGGUAAAAAGUCCGGCGAGGUAAAGAUGAUCAAAAAUAACGAUCUUGUCGAGGCCUACCAGUGGGAUAGCACCGCCUAUACCUGGCAAAAGAUCGGCGACGUCGUCGAUGCUGUUGGUUCUGGUCGGAAACAACUGUACCAAGGAAAGGAAUACGAUUAUGUCUUUGACGUCGAUAUCCAAGACGGCGUCCCUCCUCUCAAACUACCUUAUAACGUUUCUGAAAACCCGUACGCUGCGGCACAGAGAUUCCUGCAGACUAACGAGAUCUCGCUGAACUAUAUCGACGAAGUCGUCAAAUUCAUCGAGAAGAAUACGGGCGGUGUGAAUAUAGGCACUGGAGGAGAAGAGUACGUGGACCCCUUCACUGGCGCAUCACGAUAUCGUUCUGCACCCUCGACUGCACAGUCAGCGGGCACAGGUCAAUAUGUCGAUCCGUUCACAGGAGCGUCGAGAUACGUUGCGUCGGGCAACACGUCGUCGACACCCUCGGCUGCGUCGUAUGGAGAUCCAUUCACUGGCGCUUCGCGAUACUCUGGUGCUGCAUCAGUGCCCCCUCCUGCACCAGCACCUGCUCCAGUGGCGGUUGCUAAAAUCCUUCCAGUGAAAACUCUGGUCACCUUCAAACAAGCGAACGUGUCCGCUAUGCAGUCAAAGCUGUUUCAGUUCGAUGAGGCGCUUCGGCACGAGAUCUCGACGUCUUCGCUAGCGAUGUACCCCGACGAGAUCACACUCCUAGAAGGAACAUUCAGCUAUCUCUCCCAAGGCACCGCCUCGCCUCCCAAGCGGCCCUCCAGCUCCCUCACCCACACGCACGUCGAAGCCAUCACCUCGAUCCUCGAGCGGUGGCCCUCCUCACAGCGCUUCCCCGUGAUCGACCUCAGCCGGCUCGUCAUCGGCUUCUGCCCCGACGCCUUCCGAGCAGCAGGGACGAAGGAGAAGUUUACAGAGGCGCUGUUCAAGGCGGCGGAAUGGAGCACGGCGUGGGCGCCUCCGUUGCCCAAGGCGAGGGAGACGAAUAUGUUGUUAUUGUUGAGGACGCUGGCGAAUGCAUUUGAGGGUGAAGCUGUGGAUGGAGUGUGGCUUGGACAUGUUCUGGAGACGCUCGCACAGGCGCCGUAUGCGGUGCUGAACAAGACACAGAGGGUCGCGUUGGCUACGAUUCUGUUCAACGCUUCGGUUGAGGGCCUUCGGAACGCGCUAAAUUCGUCCGUUCGGAAUCAGCUCGUGGCAUUGGUCAACAAGGUUCUCGAGUCGGAGACCGCGGACGCAGAGGCCAUUUACCGGACCUUGGUCGCUCUUGGGAACAUCGCGUAUGCAGCGAAGGCGAAUGGUGCACCGCUUCCCGCACCGCAAGUGGGCGAGAUCUCGCAGUGCUUGCAGUCGCUGCCGAAACAGUUCUCUGACCCGAGGAUCCACAACGUCGUUGCCGAAAUCGGCGCCCUGCUGUAA